AUGGGACUAGGCCCGUUGAGACUACACAUUGAGGGCAUUCUGAUUGAGUGUGCUCGCGUAAGGCGUACUAUUGAAGAAAUGAUCCCUUCUGUUUUCUGCUAUAUCUUCUCAUAUUUCAAGUUUGUCUCAAAACAUCCUCGGGUGUCAACUGAACAUCAUAAUGGUUUGCCCGUUGCUGUUGAGUGA